AUGUCUCGUCCAUACGAUAAUGCAAACAUCGAGCAGCUCCAGCGGGAUGCAGACGACUGCCUGCUUACCUAUGGCACUGCCUUCCACCCCGAAAUCAUUACAUCGACUGAUGGCAUCUUUGUUGAGACGGCCUCAGGCCACCGAAUGAUGGACGUGAGUCAUAUCUAUAGAGUAAUUCCAUCAAAAUAUACGCUGAUUAUACACUUUCAAUUCACAUCGGGUCAGAUGAGUACCCUAAUUGGACACGGUCAUAAAGAAGUAGUUCAGGUUAUCAACGACCACGCACAACACCUCGACCAUCUCUUCAGCGGCAUGAUAAGCCCUCCAGUCAUCAAACUUGCAAAGCGACUCACUGGUGCUGCGCCCGCUAGUCUAGACAAAGCGUUUUUCCUAAGCACUGGCGGCGAAAGCAACGAAGCUGCAAUUCGGUUGGCUAAGUUCUAUACAAGCAAAUUUGAGGUUGUAGGGUUAGCAGCCUCAUGGCAUGGCAUGACUGGCGCCUCGCUAGGUGCUCAAUACCAUGCCGGACGCUCCGGUUACGGACCCAACAUGAUCGGCAACCUUGCGUUACCAACGCCCAAUUCAUAUCGAUCAAUUUUCAGACAUGCAGAUGGAUCGUAUGACUGGAAAACAGAGCUAGACUACGGUUUCGACCUUCUGGAUAAGCAAUCGUGUGGUUCACUUGCGGCGAUCAUCGUAGAGCCCAUCUUAUCCAGUGGUGGUAUGCUAGAACUACCACCCGGCUACCUGAAGGCCCUGAGGAAGCACUGCGAUGCGAGAGGAAUGUUGCUUAUUGUCGACGAGGCGCAGACGGCACUUGGAAGAGCAGGAGACAUGUUCGCCUUCACGCACCACCCCGAGGACGAAGGUGUGAUCCCGGAUAUUGUGACGCUUAGCAAGACACUCGGAAACGGUCUGCCGCUAAGUGCAGUUCUCACAUCGAAUCGCAUUGCUCAGCACGCAAAGGAGAACGGAUUUCUGUUCUACACCACGCAUGUCAACGAUCCUCUCCCGGCCGCAGUAGGCGACAAGGUCCUUGAAGUGGUUAUUAGAGAUGAACUUUGUGCCCGCUCAAAGCGAUUGGGUAUCAAGCUCCAAGCUGGCCUUAGGCAGCUCCAGUCGCGCUACGGAUGCAUCGGUGAUGUCCGAGGCCGUGGCCUAAUGGCAGGUUGCGAAGUUGUGGGCGUUAGGAACACCAAAGUUGGAGCACCGGAAGUUGGAGCAGCUGUAGCAAACAAGAUGAUGGAGAUGGGUCUUUGGGCGCAACUCGCCACAAUGGCUUCGUUUGGUGGAGUGUUCCGUGUUGCGCCCCCGAUUACAGUCACCGAGGAGCAACUGGAUCUGGCGCUGACAAUUAUGGAGGAAGCGCUCAGAACCACACCGGGGACGAUGCCGCUGUACAAAGACGAAACCGUGCCAGUACAAAACCAGGCUUCGGUUGAGUCACAUCUGUAG